AUGAAUCAAAUGUCAGGAUACUCAAUUAAAGAAAAAACUGAAGUGAUUUCAUCACAUCUGAACGUGGAUGACUUCUCAAUUUCUUCUUUACAGCAGAUUAACGAAAAGCCUUCUCGAAAGUUUUUAUGGAUAAUCCCAUUGAAUGCCAGUUGCCACCCUCUCCAAUUCUUUGCUUUUAUCGUCUCGGUGUUUGUCUCGCUCAGUUUGAUUGUGUAUAUCUCGGGUACACAAAGCCAAAUAUUAACAGGUGUACUUUCCAUUACAACGAAUACAGGUGAUAUCACAGGAUCGCUUACUCUCUAUGGUGAAAUUGUUGCUUUAGUGGCAGUCAUUGUCUGGUCUAUGCUUUCUGAUAUCAUUGAACGUCGUGGUGUCAUGAGCUUGUCAAUUCUCCUCAUGGGCAUGGUUAUUGUUUGUUAUCCUCAUGUCAACUGUCUCUAUCCUAGCAUGUUAAUUCUCAAGUUAAUUUUUGCUAUUGGUUCAGCUGGUUCAACCGCCAUGAUGGUAGCGCUUGUCAUGGAGGUAUCCCACGGCAAGGGCGGUCUUGUGUCUGGUUGCAUUGGCCUUGCCUCAGGUCUUGGUGCUAUCUUGGCUGCUUUGGUCUUUUUUAUGGUUCCAGCUUCACUUAGUGUUAAAUACCCUGGACCCAAUCACGGCAUUAUCUACUCGCAUAGUGCUAUCGGAGGCACUGCAAUGAUUACUGCCAUCAUUCUAUAUUUCUGUCUUCCCAAAGAUGCGUACAAACGUCCUUCUGUCAAUCAUUUUAAGGCCUGGUUUGAAAAAUUGUAUUAUGGUGUAAAGGCCGGUAAAGAAACUCGUAUCGCUCUUGGUUAUGUCUCAAGUUUCUUUGCCCGUGCUGAUGAAGUAAUAAUUUCAAAUUUUAUCUCUCUCUGGAUCACACAGUACUAUGUUGAUAAUGGCAGAUGCAAAGCUGGCGAAACAUGUCUCUAUUCACUUGCUUCUUCAUCUUCUUUGACUGGUUAUGCUCAAUUAGUCGCUCUCUGUUCCACAGGAUUCUUUGGCCCUGCCAGUGAAUAUAUGCCCAAAGAACUAGCUGUCUUCAUUGCUGGUGUGGUCGGUGCCUGUGGCUGCUUACCAUUCUCAUUUUCUCCUGAUCCAACCACGAAAUUGGCUCUUGGCUUUGUUAUUUUAUUGUCUUGUGGCCAAUAUGGUAUGAUUAUUUCUGGUAUGGCCAUGUGUGCUGGUGAUUAUGUAGACCAAAAACACAAUGCGGCCAUUUCUGCUACCUACUCGUUCAUUGGUGCUAUCGGUAUCAUUGUUCUCUCCAAAGUAGGUGGCGUUUUGUUCGAUGUGUGGAUGAAAGGUACUCCAUUCUUACUUUUAGGUAUUGGCCAUUGUCUUAUAGCCAUCAUGUCUGUUCUUGUCUAUGCUCAUCGUCUGUAUAUUGCUUGGAGAGAGAGAAAAAAUCUGGUAGUAUGA